AUGCCUCGACUCCCUACUCGGCUGACGCUCAAGGCACAGCAGCUGAAUCCGCUCAUCCGAGUGCUAUUACGAGAAUGCCGUACGCUUGAUUCAGCAUGUAACGAAUUUCGCUGGCUGCGUGAAAAAGCCCUUGAUAUGAAGCCGAAGGACAGGCAUGUUGAUUCUCCUACACUGACAGGCUGGAGGAGCGCUUUGAGGUCAAUGUGUCUGUCCCGGUCAAGAGGGAUGCCUCUCCAAUACAUUCUCGGGGACCAGCCCUUCGGGGAUCUUAAUAUCAUGUGCAGGAGAGGUGUUCUGAUUCCAAGGUCUGAGACAGAAUCUAUUACGAUCCAUAUUGCUAAGGUUAUCUGCCAUGAAUUCCCUGGACCCACCCAUCCAGACGGUGCCUCAGCCGCGAGAUACCCUCUCCAAAUCGUGGAUCUUUGUUCUGGCACUGGGUGCAUAUCACUUCUAUUACAUGCCCUACUGGCCCCUCGUUUCGACCAUUUAUCUAUACUCGGAAUAGAUAUCCACCCCAAGGCUAUUCGAUUGGCUAAAGAUAACCUUCUCCAUAACUUCAGAUUGGGUCGCCUUUCCAAACGUGCAAUUGCAGAAAUUCAAUAUUGCCGGGGUGAUAUACUCUGCCGGCAAGGCCAAUUUCCAGGGAUCGAUGAUUGUCUGUUGACAUACUUCCGUUCGCCGCAGGGAUCAAAAGAAUCCCUGGAUGUCGAGGAACGCCGAGUUGACGUCCUGGUUGCAAACCCCCCAUACAUAUCUGCUGAGUCCUUCCAUGAUGGCACGACUGCACGUAGUGUACGAAUUUUCGAACCCACCCUUGCUUUGGUACCCCCGGUUUGGUCGCCUCCUCCGAUGACCGGAUUCUACGAGGAGGAUUUAUUCUACCGGGAUAUCGUCUUACUAUCUCUCAAACUUCGACCGAGACUUGUUGUAUUUGAAUGCGGUGAUAGGGAACAAGCAGCGCGUGUAAGUGCUGCUUUUGUGACAUUUGCAACAUGCCACGGAGAGUCCUUGCCAAUUAUCUCUUCACAGAUAUGGCCCAGCGAGGCCGGUGAUGAAGUAGCCAGUCCUCUCUCUGAAAGUGAGGCAUGCGCUGUUUUUUUACAUAUGCAGUCCUGA